UCUCUCACACAACUCUGGCAAUAUAGUAAAGAAGUGGCAUCCUGUUUCGGGGUAUUAUACUUAGAUGGCAAGAUAAAACGGCAAUAUUUUGUUCGCACUGGCGCGCGGGGUGCGUGUCGAGAUGUAAUUAGUGUAAAUAAUUACUAAAAAGCCCGGAAAAUAAAAUGACAAUGACAUGGAAGCGGGUAAAGGAACAAUUAGGAGUAGCCAUCUACAAUUUUGCAUAUCCAACCCCACAUGCAAUAUGCUUAACGGUCGGAGAAAUUGUACAAGUAACUGAAGAGUGUGCAGAUUGGUACUAUGGCCGCAGCAAGUUCAGGGGUGUAUCUGGAAUCUUCCCAAAAUCCUAUAUACAUAUCUUGCCAAAAUCAACCAAUACGGAUAACUUAGUACAUGAGAUCACCAGUGUUUUGAGAGAAUGGGGACAUCAUUGGAAGCACUUAUACGUAAUACACUCGGAGCACUUCAGGACAAUCCAGCAGCAGAUUCUGGACGCGAUAGGAUACAGGAGCAAGAUUUUAAGUGGUACACUGACAGUGGACGAACUGAAGGAUAUGAAGAGGCUGGCGACGGCGAGAAUAGACACGGGAAAUCAACUGUUGGGCUUGGACAUGGUCGUGCGGGACGACCACGGGAACGUAUUGAAUCCCGAAGAGACGAGCACCAUUCAGUUGUACUACCAUCAUGAGACCGCCGCGGAGAGAAUAAGGAAAGCGUCCAAUGACACCAAGAAGAAGCCCCACAAGCCACAAGUACCUGUGUAUUCGCAUAUCUUUUUCGUCAGCGUGAGAAACUUCGUGUGUAAAAUGGCGGAGGAUGUGGAGUUACUGUUGACACUAUACGACGGCCGUGAGAUGAAAGCCAUCACGGAGAAUUACGUCGUCUCAUGGAGCAAGGAGGGCCUCGCGAGGGACAUUGACCAGUUGCACAACCUUCGAGUAUUAUUCACGGAUCUUGGUUCCAGAGACUUGACCAGGGAUAAGGUUUACUUAGCCUGUUAUGUGAUCAGGGUGGGCGGUAUGGAAGCCAAAGAGAUAGAUCAUCGUCGUUCAAGCGUAGCGCACACCAAUCAGAGGCCUAAGAGCGCGGAGAACAUGAGGAGGCCGUUCGGGGUCGCCGCGAUGGACAUCACUCUGUUUAUCACCGGCAAGCUGGAGGGAGACGUCGAACAACAUCAUUUUAUACCUUUUAUACAUUGUGAGAAAGAUAGCCUCGACGGUACGCUGCGCAGGAUUCUCUCGCAGAAAGAAGCGAGCGUCCAGAAGAAUGUCAACGGCAAUAUCGCCGGUGUCACGGGCGGCCAGGGGUUGUGGACCAGCCUGAAAUUGUUGAGGGGCGAUCCGAAACAGGUACGCGACGAAAAUCCCCAUUUGGUGCUGGGUAAUGUCGCUAUUGCGCGCAAAAUGGGCUUCCCGGAAGUGAUUUUACCAGGCGACGUGCGCAACGAUCUGUAUCUGACUCUGAUAAGUGGCGAAUUCAGCAAGGGCUCUAAGUCGACGGAUAAGAACGUGGAAGUGACGGUUAAAGUAUGCAACGAACACGGAGUAGCAAUACCCGGAGUCAUGACACUGGGCGGAGGUGCGCCCUCGAUCGACGAGUAUCGCAGCGUUAUUUAUUAUCACGAGGACAAGCCCAGGUGGUGUGAAACCUUCAAGAUCGCCAUACCUAUAGAGGAGUUUAAACAGGCCCACUUGAAAUUCGCGUUCAAGCAUCGUAGUUCCAACGAAGCGAAGGACAAGUCGGAGAAGCCGUUUGCUUUAAGUUACGUUAGACUGAUGCAACGCAACGGGACGACUUUGCAAGAUAUACAGCACGAAUUGUUGGUUUAUAAGCUGGAGCAGAAGAAGUAUGACGAGAGCGACAUAUCGUAUUUGAAACUGCCAUCGACACGCGGGGAAUUGGCUGAAUUGAACAUGGAAAAGAAGCCGAGCUUAGGAUCGUUAACGUUAAGCAGUAAGGAUAAUUUCUUGAUAGCAACCAAUAUUUGCUCAACUAAAUUAACGCAAAAUGUAGAUUUAUUAGGUUUGCUUAAUUGGGCGUCGCACAAUACCGAUUUAAAGGAGUCAUUAGCUGCUUUAAUGAAAGUAGACGGGGAAGAAAUAGUGAAGUUUUUGCAGGAUGUUUUGGACGCUUUAUUUAAUAUUUUAAUGAGCAAUUCAGACAGCGAUGUGUACGACGACAUGGUCUUUGAGUGCCUUUUAUAUAUCAUCGGUCUUGUAUCCGAUCGAAAGUAUCAGCACUUCCAACCAGUAUUAGAUUUAUACAUUUCUGAAAGUUUCUCCGCGACUCUCGCUUAUAAGAAGUUAAUUGCGGUAUUGCGCAAACGUAUAGACAUCGUCAGCAACAACGACGGGCAGGAACGUGAUUUGCUGCUUAAGACUAUGAAAAGCCUACAAUACUGUAUGAGAUUUAUCGUCGAAUCUCGCCUUUUGUAUACCGAGUUAAAUCAGGAUGAAGAAGAAUUCUCACAAACGUUAACUGAACUAUUGCAAUCUAUUGUUAAUCUAAUGAGUUAUGAAACCGACGGUACACUGUUGGUCCAAGGAGCUUGUCUGAAAUAUUUACCGACAACGAUACCACACUUGUUAAGGGUUUACAGUGGCAAGCAACUGAGCACAAUUCUGACGGAUUUACUGGUGACUUUACCAGCAGGUAGACUGACCAAGCAGAAAAUGAUGACCGUAAAUGAUAUCGUUCACAGUCCGCUUUUCUUGGACGUAGAAUGUCGAAAUAUUUUAUUGCCGAGGAUUACUAUACUUGUGAGAGACUUAUUGGAAGCUAAGGAAGAGGGGCUAUCAAGUACGCCUGGAAAGAGCGUGGCGAAGGUAGCCAGGCUGCUCGGCGAAAAUCGGCACCAGCUCAAGCAACACCGCGACUACUCCGGUAGAGAAGAGGUGGAAUUAUGCGUCAAGAUAUUAUCUGACAUUCUGGAGCUGACCUUCAGAAAGAACAUAGGUAGCACGGUUUCGGAUGUCAAGGAGAUUAUGAUGACAGCGUUGCGUACCAUCAUACAGACCGUUAUAUCGAUUGAUAGGGAAAAUCCUCUGGUGGGGAACUUAGUCUCGGUUAUGCUGGCCAUAUUCAGACAAAUGACGCCGCAACAUCAUUACGAAGUGUACAUCAAUCACUUUAAGACGAGGAUCGAUUUGCUCGAUUUUCUAAUGGAGAUACUGUUGGUUUUCAAAGAUUUAGUUUCCAGAAGUGUGUUUCCCGGGGACUGGUGCGAAAUGAUUAUGCUCCAAAAUAGUGUCAUCCUGAAAUCCUUACGGUAUUUCUCGGGCACUAUUAGAGAUUACUUUUUCACCGAGUUCGAGCAUCAAGCCUGGUCGAACUUUUUCCACUGCUCUAUCGCGUUCCUGACUCAACCCGCCCUGCAGCUGGAUACAUUCACACCAGCGAAACGGAACCGCAUUAUUGCGCGUUAUAACGAUAUGCGCAGGGAAACUGCAUUCGAGAUCCGGUCGAUGUGGUUCAACUUGGGCCAACAUAAGAUACACUUUGUACCUGCUUUAGUCGGCGCAAUUCUCGAAAUGGCCUUGAUACCUGAGACUGAACUGAGAAAAGCUACCAUUCCCAUUUUUUUCGACAUGAUGCAAUGCGAGUACUACAGUUCGCGCAUAGUGGAAGGAUACGGGGACACGAAGCGUGAUCCAGCUCAUAUCAAAGCUAACUUCAUGGAAUAUGAAAACGAAAUGAUCGCAAAAUUAGAUAUCCUGGUGGAAGGAGGCAGAGGGGAUGAACAGUUUCGCACGCUUUGGUCUCACGUCAUGGGUUCGUUGUGCGAGAAGCAUUCCACAAUGCGAGAACAAGGUUUACGCUUUGUGGACACCAUCGCUAAACUGAUGGAACGCUUGCUGCAAUAUCGCGAUAUUAUUCACGCCGAGUCGCAAGAGCAUCGCAUGCUUUGUACCGUAAAUUUGUUAGAGUUCUAUUCCGAGAUUAAUAGGAAAGAAAUGUACAUUAGAUACGUGAACAAGCUGUGCGAGCUGCAUCUGGAAUGCGAUAAUUACACGGAAGCAGCUUAUUCUUUGAAGCUCCACAGCCAAUUGUUAGCGUGGAGCGACCAGCCGUUGCCGCCUUUGUUGAUAUCACACAGGUAUCCGUCAUGCCAAACACACCGUGACUUGAAGGAGGCACUGUACAAAAAUAUCAUCGAAUACUUCGACAAAGGGAGAAUGUGGGAAUGCGCUCUAGCCGUGUGUAAGGAAUUGGUGACGCAGUACGAGGAGGAGACGUUCGAUUACUUGCAAUUGUCGGUGCUGUUGACUCGCAUGGCCAAAUUCUACGACGCCAUAGUGAAGCAGUUGAGGCCCGAGCCCGAGUAUUUCCGAGUCGCGUACUACGGCAAGGGACAUCCCGCGUUUCUUCAAAACAAGGUGUUUGUUUACCGGGGGAAGGAAUACGAACGACUGAGUGAUUUUUGCUCAAGAACGCUGAAUCAGUUGCCGAAUGCAGAGCAGAUGAGCAAAUUGUCACCGCCCACUGCGGAAAUGUUGGAGUCUAAUCAUCAGUACGUGCAGAUCAACAAAGUGGAGCCGUUGAUGGACGAGAAGAAGCAGCGGCUUAGCGGCAAGCCGGUCACCGCGGAAGCUGUUCUAAGGUACCAUCGUGUGAACGACGUGCAGCGCUUCAGAUUCUCGAGGCCCGCGCCGCGGAAAGAGAUCGUCUCGACGUUGUCGGCCGCCGGCGACAAGGAGAAAGAUGCGAACGUCGGUGCCAGCAGUAGCAACGAGUUUGCAUCGUUGUGGUUAGAAAGGACGGUGCUCGUGACGAGCUACCCGUUGCCGGGGAUUCUUCGGUGGUUUCCCGUCACAUCCAGCGAUACGUACCUGGUCAGCCCGUUGAGGAAUGCGAUCGAAACGAUGGAAGCUACAAAUACUGCGUUGAGAGAUCUCAUUAUUGCUCACAAGAGCGACCCCAGUUUUUCACUGAACCCUCUGAGUAUGAAGCUGAAUGGCAUACUGGACCCUGCCGUCAUGGGCGGUAUCGAUAACUACGAGAAAGCGUUCCUCAACACGGAAUAUAAGAACAGCCGUCUGGAAGAGAGUUCCGACCUUCUCAAAUUAGAAGGGCUUAUCGCGGAACAAAUCCCUCUACUCAGCGUGGGUCUUCAGUUGCACAAAGCACGAGCUCCUUCCGAGCUGGCGCCGUUUCACAAUCGUUUAGAGCAGUGUUUCACGUCGAUGCGCGCUCACGUGGAAACCAAGUACGGAAAGAGGACGUGCGACUUGCAAAUCGAAAGCCUAACGCAAACUGUAACGAUGCGAAGACCACCGACCUCAAGAGGAGACAAUCACUGUCUGUCCGAGUCAAAUAUGAUUAACACAGACUGUCAAACUCACUCCAGGGUAUCCUCACUCACAAGAUCCCAAGUCGCAACGUUCAAGUCGCUUGCAUCGUUCAAUUUUAACAACAGCACACCCCCGAGUGGUGCUCAGAGCGUCAAUUUAUCAAGGAACAACUCAGUGCGCUCGCAUAUCUUGUCUACGGCCUCUUUGCAAAAGGCUUUGGGAAGCUCGAGUCCGGGGACGUACAAGAAGAAGGAUUCGAAGCGCAGAAAUUCGCGAAAGAGCGACACCGCGACCAUAACGAAAACCGAGCAGCCGACCAGCCAGUGGUAUACGACGGCCGAAAUAUCCCACAGUUCGACGGCGUCCAUCACAUCGUUGCUGUCUAGUCUCCACACAGCACCCGUAUUCGAGCUUCGACAAGAGCUCACGCCAAAACGUCCGCUGAGGUCGGAGGUGGAAAGAGAACGGAGGGUGAGCAAUCGGUGGUCCGGCCAGUCCCAACAUUAUCUGAGGAACGUGAACAAUGGCCUGGACUCGGGCAGCCUGGGCAAGGGAAAUCGGGACAGCGUCGGCACGACCGACAGCACGGCGUCCGAGGACGACCCGCCGCCGCCGCUGCCGGUUAAAACACGCGAGGCCGAUUACGGUAACCUCUCGGACGAAUUGUCCUCCUCCCACCAGAGCGCGACCGGUACCCCCUUGAGCAGUCUGAAAUCACUGGGACAAUGGACGAAGAGCAAGCUGCCGACGCCCACCGACGACCACCGGGACGGUCAUCACUCGAAGCCGCCGACGCCGCCUCCGAAGCCGAAGAGACCGGCUUACAGCGUGACCACGAUCGUGCUUUCCUCCAAUAACGACGAGAACAGCUCGCUCGCCGAGGACUCGACCGCGUAGAUCUCCUCUGUAGAGAAAGAGCCUCGCAUCUUGCCGCGAGAGAGAGAGAGAGAGAGAGUUGCGCACAGAAUGUAAGCGUCCAUCCACCGCGUUUGUCAAUCUGCGUAAUUCAUUCGUUCCGUAUCAUCGAUCUUCAGCAAAGAGUUACCAUUCUCUAGAGUUAGCGUAUUACUAAGCGUAUUUCUUUGUGCCUUUCUCUUUCGGUUUAAGAUAAGCGAAUAGACGUAGGCUAAUACUAACCACCACGACAGGCAGAAACCGUUAACCGUACGUGUAGAUAAGAAAAAAGAAGGUAUCACUCCACUUGUACCGAAUAUACGAUGUUAUAUUGGGAGGGGGGGGGGCGAAAAGAUGGUCACGGAAUUGUCGAAGGACAUAGCAUUCUAUGAUUUAUACAGUGCGCAUGUGACGAGGCAUACGACGGCGACGAGAAGCGCAAUAUUAGACAAUAUCGUGACAUUUUUAUAUCUGUAUCGUCUUACCACGUAACGGGGUUGUUCUUUUUUGUUGUUUGAGAAAUUCGGGAUCUCAUGACACACGGCCGAGCACGGCCCAGUGAUGGUUGUUUGCGCGUUUUGUGAGGAUAACAAGAGUUACGAGCGGGACGAAGAUGCUCGACGAAAUUAAAUCAGACAGCUCCGUACUCGGGUUUACCGGAGGAAGAAGGAAGGAAAUAUUAGAAGCCAUGAGGAGCAAAACCACGGAUGGUUUAUAGUGCUAUAUUAAAUAUCGAUGUUGUCGAUAUUAAUAUUGUUUGCGGGAGGAUCAGAUCGUCCGUUGAUUUGCGAAUAUAAUAUUGUGAACGUACCGGAUAACCGUUGGAUGAGUGAACGCGGCGACGAAAGCUUUCCACGAGUAGAUUCGGUGGCAGGAAAUGCGUGCUCACGACAAAGACGUCUCACGAAUUUACAAACAUCGAUCGUUGCGAGGAACUACUUCGGCGGCCGAAUUGAUACGGCCCGUCCAGUAAGAAGGAAGGUUCAGAAUUGACUCCUACUGGCCGAGGCAAUAUUUUUCGCAGAGCAUGGUUUUAGAGUUUUUUUAGAGUUAAGUAAUCGGGAGGGAGUCGGAGGGGGGUUUUAAUUAUAAAAAUGUUACCGGGAUUCGAGGAUCAGAUUUACUCGCGUUAUUCGCAAUACCACCCGAUGGACAAUUUCAUCCUUCCACAAGCAAUAUUAAUAUCGACAAAUUUACAGCAGAUUUUUGGCGAAUGUUUCAAGACUUGUUCUAACCGUGUGUUUUCACAUGCCUACUGCAUAUUAAUUACGACUGUAGCAUGCCCUGACAACGUCCAUUGGUUCUUUCGAUCAAAGCUCUUAUUGUUCCUUUCGACACUUCGCUUUGGGCAUAUAUAUAUUCGUGACAAAUGGAUAUUUUUAUAAAUUUUGAUAUGAAAUACGUAUAUACUUGUAGCUUUAAUUGUAAUAGUGAAACUUUGGAAACUUUUUACACUUUGUACUGGCCGUCUUUAAACGAUUCGCUAUCACACAAUAAUAAUGAUAUAACAAUAAUAAUAAUAAUAUUAAUGAUAAUGUGAAAGACAUACUUUAAAUAUAUAUAUAUAUAUAUAUAGUUAAAAUGGUUAACUUUUUGCAUCUGUUGAUUACGAUUCUAAUUUAUUCCACGAAUUCGAUUUUUAUAAAAUAAUUACCAGUAGUUAUAUUUUUAUCGCGAUUUUAUUGAUAGUUACUGUCUAAAUAUUAUGAAGCCAUUGUGAUCAUAGUGGUAAAAAAAAAUUUAUAUGAGUUAAUGUUUACGAUACUGGUUAACAAGGAGACUAUAGUCUUAUAUGUUAACUUAUUUAAAAAAAUUAUAUACGAGGGAAUAUUGAUUGUUUAUAAAUAUAUUCAACGAGAAAGUAUGCAGCAUGCAAUACUGUAUAUUCCUUCGACAUUUGUUUUAUAAUUAAAUCGAAAUAAAUUAUUUAACCUGUAAUACCGAUUAUACGGUCAUAGUAUGAUUAAUGAUACCAUGACAGCGUGUUUUCUAAUUAAUCGAGCACAAAAUCAGAAUAGACAUUUAAGUGGAUUAUGAAGAAUGUUUUUAUAGGAUCGAUCAGGGUCAGCCGAUUCGAACAGACGCGAUAUUUUCUUAGUUACACGCUCCGAGAGCUUUACAAACUUAUAAACAUCGGAAGUAAGUUGUUUAUAACGUUAAUACAAGCUAUUUAUUGCGUUUUUCAUUAUUAUCACACACUUGAGUCUCGCACUAUAUAUCAUAUAUAUAUAUAUAUACCAAAGAGAUUAGUGCUUUAUUUAUUAAAAGUUUUACAAAACUAUAUGUAUCGCUGGAGAAUUAAUAUAUGUCGUGUACUAUAUUGAUAUUUACAUCUAAUGCACGAUGAGACAAAGUUAGAAAAAAAAUAGAGGACUCGAUAGAUCAUUAAUUACUUAUAACGACGACAAUUGAUGUUAUAAAGAUCUGUAUUCACAAUUAUUGUUCUCAUGUUAAAACUCAUGGAACUUGCUUAUUUGUUUGCAGAAUUCAGAAACCUGCAUGUAUACGCAUAUACAUACGUGCGUACACGCAUAUUCUAAAUAUGUAUGUAUGUAUAAGUUGCAUUUCUGAAUACAGUUCUUAGUUUUGCCGCCAAUUUUAUUAUGUAAUUGAAGAAUCACGAUUAUACACAUUAUGUAAAAAUUAAGGAAU